AUGGAUGAUGAAAGAGCCGGUUCACCUGUUAACCUGAACGAUCUCUUUGAUUACGACGUUGGUCUGGAUGAGGUCUUUAACGAUAACAACGCAUCGAAUGGCAACGAAGCCAAACCAUCCGGGGAUCCCUCCUCUCUCGGUCUGGGACUCGACGAGGAGGUCAAAGUCACAAAGAAGAGACAGCCGGUAGCGAAGCUGGACGAGGGCCGACUGCUUUCACAACCAGGCAUUCCCAAACUACGACGCACCGCGAAGCAGAAACUCAGAUUUAAAGGCAAAGGACAUGAGUUCUCGGAUGCGGCACGCCUUUUGAACUUCUACCAACUAUGGCUCGAUGACUUGUUUCCACGCGCCAAAUUCGCAGAUGGCUUGACGAUGAUUGAGAAACUAGGUCAUUCCAAACGCAUUCAGACCAUGAGACGAGAAUGGAUUGAGGAGGAGAAGCCGAAGCUAUUUGACGAUCACGACCUCUCUCGACAUAUCUCAGACACCCUCGACCUUCCAACAAGACUUUCCUCCGAUCAAAUAGGCGCAGCGGCAACGGCGCCCAAUGAAUCAGCCAGCUCGGAGCCCUGGAAGAACGCGUCGGCAGCUGCGGACCCAGAACUGUUUAUUCCAGACCCCGAGAGGGAGACCCGGCCUUUAGCCAGCCAUCCGGAGCCGGACGAUGACGACCUGGAGGAUCUUCUCAGAGAACAGGACCAGGCCAUGUCCGGAAUGCCUGAAUCGACUUCGCGGCCAGCGAAUAACAACCCUGAUGACUUUAAUGCCGAAUAUGAAGCCAUGAAUGAAAUGGGGAUGUAG